CGUGAGAGAAGGCGGCAAACUUCUAAACUUGGAGAAGUUUUCACCGGCCUAAAUUAUUACACUCAGGUGAGCUCCCACUGGUGGAACUAACACUUCGAAGACGUCAAGGUGGGACAAUGGUGUUUGACAGUUAACCAUCCACAAACUUAACUGUGCACGGACAAACUCAUUCAUCAUCUCAGUAGCAUCACCUACCUGAUUCCCAGGGUAUAUCAUGGACAAGCGUAGCCGGGUGGGUUCAGCGGGAAGUUCUGGUGGGUGGAGCCCUAGGGGAGGCAGCCCUGCCCCAGGAGGGAGUGUCGGGGGUCAGGGCAUCCAUGCCACAAUUCAACACCUAGCAGAUGAACAGGAAAGGGUACAAAAGAAGACCUUUACAAACUGGAUCAACUCCUAUUUAAGCAAGAGGGUGCCUCCAAUCAAAGUGGAAAGUCUGUUUGACGAUAUCAAAGAUGGCAAAAUACUCCUGGCCCUGCUGGAAACUUUAUCGGGAGAAAAACUGCCUGGAGAGAAAGGGGCAAAGUUGAAGCGUGUCCAUUAUGUCAGCAAUAUCUCCAACGCCCUGCGCUUCCUGGAAAGUAAAAAGAUCAAGCUGGUCAACAUCAAUCCCUCCGACAUUGCCGAUGGAAAACCUGCCAUUGUGUUAGGAUUAGUAUGGACCAUCAUCUUGUACUUCCAGAUCGAGGAAACGGCCACGCGGAUGGCAGAGCAACAGUCCCAGGCCACGAGCACUCCCUCCAAGAAAAUGUCCCCCUUGGAGAAGUUCCGUGUGAGUGCCAAGAAAGCCCUGAUGAUGUGGACAGAACAAGCCAUCGCAAAGCGAUAUGGCCUGAACAUCUCUGACUUUGGGAAGAGCUGGAGGGAUGGGGUAGCCUUCAAUGCUAUCAUUGACAACAUCAGUCCAGGGCUGGUGGACAUGAACCAGGUUCGCCAGCAGGCGCCACGGGUUAACCUGGAGAACGCUUUCUCCGCUGCUGAAUCUCAUCUGGGUAUCCCUAGACUCAUCGACCCUGAAGAUGUGGAUGUGGACAAACCAGACGAGAAGUCCAUCAUGACAUACGUUGCUCAGUUCAUGAAGGCUUAUCCGGACUCCGGAGAGGAUCCUGCUUUGCGCAAACCUGCUCAACGUACAUUAACCCCAGCAGAGCAGGAAGAGAAGGAUCUUAACGACAUGCUCACCUGGAUUGGGACCGCUGAAGGGGUGCUCAAGAUUGUAAAUAGACCAGUAGAAGAUUUACAAAAGGAAUAUAUGGAUUAUGUUAAUUUUAAGAAAGAAUACGAUGAAAGAGAGAAUGCGUACCUGAAAAUUGGUGAGAAGAUUCAAUCCAAACGAGCUGUCAAGCUCACAGAAGAGGACUGGAAGAUGUUACAAGGCCGAUUCUUGCCGGUCUCUGACGAAACUACCCGUUGGCUGCUGAAGCUGGACUCUCAGUUACCGGGUGAGCUGGGAGAGUUAGGGGUGUGGCUUGUAAAGGCCAAUCAGGUGCUACUGCAGGAACCAGAGAUGAUUGACAACCCAGAUCAGAUGACAGCCCAGCUGAACACAAUGUUACAAGAGCAUAUUGAGUUCUUCAAAGAUGCAGAAGGAUACAAGAAAUUGCUGGCUGAUGUCAAACGAACUGGAAAAUACAAAGGCCAGUUGAUAUGUCUUCCCCACAUAGAAGAUCUGCAGAAGCGAUUUUCUGUUGUGUUCAGUCAGUCUGAGCACAGAGAGAGACAUCUGCGGUAUGAACUGUUCAAACAACGGCUGUUAGCACUGAUUGCCAGCACUGAGGAGAAAGUGGCUGUGUGGAGUGAGAAGUAUGGGCAAGAGGAGGAAGCCCUACAGUGGCUCUCAGAAUACAAGGAGUUUGUUAUAGACAACCGAUUAUUCCAGACAUACGACAAAAUGUACUCAGAACUGAAAACAAAAGCUGAUGCAUAUAAAAGAUCUCAACAAACAGAUAAAGAUGAAGCAACUGAAGUGGACAGGACCUUACACAUGAUAGCAGAAAGGUGGAAGUCUUUAGCUUCUGGGGUGAAAACAUUACAACCAGUGCUGGAAGAAGGCGUUGCUUCCUGGAAACGCUACAGCACGUCUCUGGAGUGGUUGGAGAACUGGAUCUCAGGAGGGGAAGACGUCCUCACAAAGUCAACCGAAGAAAAAGAGGCAUAUUUUAAAGAUCUUGGCCCUGCAGAGGAAAAAUUGAAGUUGAUGAAAGAUUCGGGUAAGCGUUUGGUUGAGAAGACGCGCGAUCCGGUUGCUGAAGAAAUCCGCGAGACCAUCCAGCUGACUUCAACUCGCUAUGAGGAUCUUCUGGGCGGGAUGAAGCGUGCUCACCAGGAGGAGGUGAUAGAGAAGGGGCGGAAUCAGUACGUAGAGGGCGUCAGUCGUCUAGAAUCCUGGGUAGAGACGACAGAGCACCUGCUUAAGAAACCAGUGCCUUGUGAACAUGCCCAGCUGAAGGAGUAUCUCCAGCUACUCAAUGACGUAAACGCUGAGGUAUCACAGGUGGAGAAUGACUUCAAAAAGACCACAAAAACUGCCCAGUCCUUGGUGAGGGACACUUCCCAGGAAGAGGUGAACAAAAUGUUACAGACGCUCAACGUCCACAAAGAGGUGAUCGUCCGCCUGCGAAAGGAAAUCCCAGAGAGGCUGAAGGCAGUAAAGGGUGUGCUGCCCAAUGUGGAGUCACUAGAGACGGGCAUGGCUGAUUUGAGUGCUUGGCUGGAGAAGGGAGAGACACUGCUGGAGAGUCACCAGCUGGAGGGAGAGGCACAGUCUGCCGAGGCUAGACUUGAGAAACACAAGGAGUUCUUUGCAGAGACAACAUACCAGAAAUCAGUCCUUGAGAGCAAGGCCAAAGUCUUCCAGAAAGUGCUGAAUACUAAACAAAAGUUACCUAAUGUAGAUUUCUCUGUGCUGGAAAAUGGCAUGGAAUCUCUUCAGACUAGGUUCCAGACAAGUAUUAACUCUGCUAAAGCAUGGGAACAGAAACUCGACAGCAUAACACGCAUGUGGCGGGUGGUGCUACAGAAAGCGCGUCCGCUUGACGACUGGCUGGAACACGCUGACAGCCUGUUGAAAGAUCGGGAGGAUGACGUGGAGAGCUUACUCAAGAAGCACAAGCUCUUCUUUGAUCGGUCUGAGAGCCGUAUUCUUCAAGACUUUCUGGUAGCUUGUGACCAGUUGGAGACAGCAUUGGAAGGAGGAGACACCAGGCAUCUGGAUCUUAUGAGGGACAGUAGGCAGGAGAACUGGAAUCUGAUCAGGCGGCAUGCUCCCAUCCACAAGACAAAGUUACAGUUCUGCAUGGAAGAAGACCGCUACCUCCGCCUGGUGGAGGAAGGGGAGAAAACUCUAGUAGAGCAACAAAAACAACUCCACAGACAGGACAAUGUUAAAGACAUUCUUAAGAAGCACAGGCAAACAUUUCACGAGGGUCAGUUUAUUCCAUCGUGUCAGAACUCCCUCGCUCAGAUGAAAUCCUGCGUAGAGACUCUUGAACAGUUAGAUCCUGAUGAUUUGACCCUUGAGGAACGCCAUGACAACCAUUGGAAGCGCUGGCGGGCACUCCUCGCUGCGCUAGAGGACACACACCUGCAGCUGAAACAACUCCCAGAACGAUGGAAGGAGUACAAUAACAAGUUUGGGGAGUUUUCGAAAUGGGUAGCUGAGGUGGAACGUCUGUCAAAGGACUUGCAGGACGAGUCAUUGACGGGUGAGGAGUACAAGACCUCAUUGGCACAGUUCCAGGAGGCAAUGCGAAACCUGAGAAAGUUUACCGACGACUCAGCAUGGCUGGAGGACAAUUUACACGAACUUCUGCAGGAUGCUCCGGACGCGGAUGCUGAGCGGGAAAGAGAGCGACUCAGCACCUUACUGGCCAGGUUUAACAACCUACAGCCAAAUGUGAAGGAGGCAGGAGACAAGUCGAAACUCUUCUCCAAGUGCUACGAGUUCCGUGAUCAUAUCGGAGGCCGUACUAGUUGGCUGGAUGAUUACCAGAAGCAGGUUUUAGAUCAGCCAUAUGUGGAUGGGCUACAAGAGGCCAAGAUGUAUCUUCAGGAGCAUGAGCAAAUCAUCCGUAAACUUGAUGCGGAAAAAGCCCAGAUCCAGGCUGACCUUGAGAAAGGUCAGAAUUUACAGAGGGACAGAGAUGCUCCAGCAUUUGUGUCUAAAGCCAUCAACGAUCUCAACACCAAAUGGAAGGACACCAAUACUCUGGCUAAAGCUAAGCAUGAGAAGUUAAAGGCAAGUGUGGAGAACUGGGAGCAGUACGAGAUGGAGAGGAGCAAUCUACUACAGCACCUCAAGAAGGCUGAAGAGGAGUUGGAGAAAACGCCCACGGUCAGCGGCCAGGAGCAUGCACAAAAAGACCUCCAGUCCAAGAAGUCCUUGCAGCACACGCUUGGAAAACUGAAGAGCAGUCUGUCAGAUAUGCAGAAGCUGAACGAGGUCCUGGCUGAGGGGGCCAGUAGGGAGCGGAAAGGUCCCCUCAAGGGAGAAAUGAGCGAUAUCGACAAAAAACUUCAGAACAUUUCCGUCCGGCUAAACGCCAAACUUUCUGACUUGGAGGCCACCAUUGCCAAGUGGUCAGAGUACUACAAACGACUAAACAGUUUCUGUGAUUGGUUGAAUGAGAAAGAAGAGAAAUUAACAGAUGCAAAUGAAGAGGAAGGCUCACCAGAAGAUCAGUAUGAGAAAACAAAGGAUAUUUGCUCAGAUGUGUUUGAGAACCACAUCACCCUGGAGAAUUUGGAAAAGGAUGCAAGAGGAUUGUCCCAAAACUUCCGCUCCAGAGAAACCAGCGCCUUGAAAUCCAAGUUGACAUCUGUUCGUCGCCAGUGGGAGAAUCUGUGUACUCGAGCGAAGGAGCGCAGCUCUUGUUUGUCCGACAACGUGACCCACUGGCAUGUGUACCAGAACCUGGCUCAACAGUUGACACCCUGGAUUAGCAAGGCAGAGAAUUAUUGUCAUACGGAGCUGCCAAAGUGUGCCACAGUCGAAGAGGCCAAAGAUCUGCAUGAUUUACAUCAGAAUUUUCUGCAUGAAUGUGAGGAACAGUUUCCCAUCUUUGAGAAGAUGAACAUGGAGGCUGGUUACUUAAUGCAACAGCCUGUCAUCGCGAGCGAGGUGGCUGACAUCAGAGAGCGCUGGGCUGCCAUUCUGUCAGCAACAGAGGAACGUACGCACAAAGUGGACAAGAUGUACGGCGCUUGGAAUGCUUACGACACAGAGCGCACCGGCUUUGAGGAGGUGCUGGAGAAGCUGGACGCGCGUCUGGAAGCUGAGCCAAAUGUCACCUCUACCGACUUACAAGUACUGCAGAAUGAGGUGGCUUUAUGUAAGGCCCUCCAAGAAGAGGUACGGGGCUAUCAGCCACGCUACACAGCAUUGCAGAGACAACUGGAGCAGCUGCGACCUUACCUUAACGCUCAAGGAUUGCAGAAUGUUGAGGAUUCACAGGGGGCUAUUAAAGCCAAGUGGGAGAAUGUGAACUCUGCUGCUGCAGAGAGACAAACAGUGUUGUCAGGAGCUCUUCAGCAUCGGAGGGACUUUUAUGUCAGGUUACAAGACUUUGAGAAAUGGGUGAAAAAAAUGCAACGAAAGUUAGACUCAGGAAGUGAAAUUUAUACAGAUGAGGUCUCAGAUACAGAAAACAAACUCAAGGCAAUGAAGAGAGAGUGCGCAGACAAGGAGCCUGUGUUUGAUGUCCUUCAGGAGGAGUUUAAAGAGCUUGUGAAGACAUGUAAUGAUGAUGAAGCAGUUAUUCUCAGUGACCGCUUUGACAAGCUUAUGGCUGGCUACACUAAAAUGGAGGAUCUUGUGAAAAACCGAGAAGAAUUGUGUCAGAAGUGGGAUGAGUACUACACAGCGCACAAAGACACACAAGCAAAGCUGAAACAUCUGAAGGCGCGUCUUGCAAAGGGAGACCUCACAGAAGACGAGGUUAAUCAGGUCAAAGCCGAGUUAGAGGAGGUGAAGUCCAAAAUGUACCCAUGGGUUGAGAAUUCGGAAGAUCUUGACGAACUAAUCAGUGCUGCACAAAUUGUGAUCAAAGACCGUGCAAGUCAAAGGAUGUUGCAUUUUGGCUCUGAACUUCAGACCAUGGAGAAUCUGUGUGACCAAGUGGCUUUUGCGACCCAGCAGAAACAGGAGCACCUGGAAGAAGUCUCACAGUUGUGGACAGACUUUAUUGACAGGAGUAGAGAGCUGAUUGGUCAGGUGAAGGCCAUAGAGGAUCAGGCCGAGAACGCCAAGGCCAACAGAUCUGAUUUACAAGGAGUUAAGGAUCUGGUCCGUGAAAUAGAGGAUUUACGAGAUGAUGUAGGCACACACAACCCCGAAUAUGAACAUCUGAGAGAGCUAGGCAGGCAGAUAAUGCGGACGGACAGCAGUAAAGCUCCGGAGGUGCAGGCUGUGCUCAAACAGCUGGGAGAUGAGUGGCAGUCCACAGAGGCCACCCUGGCUGCCAAACAGGAGGAGUACGGCGGGAUUGUCUCCCUUUGGCAGCAGUACAAUGACAAUAAGCAGGGUGUUGGUCGUGUGUUAGAGGAUGUGGACCCUGUUCUGAGCAAGAGCAACUCAUGUGAUAGUCAGGCAGAGGUCAGGAAAGCCCUAGAUCAUCAUAAGACAGCAGAAUUUGAACUUCACACCUGUCAGACACAACUCGACAGCAUGAACACAAAGGGCCUGCAGCUAUUAGAGCAGUUAAAAUCCUUGCCUGACUUUGAGCUGGCUGUCAUAGAGGAUGACCUGGAUGCUGUCAAUCACAAAUGGGAGACAACCAAUGCUUCAGUGGAGAAGGAGCGAGAUAACCUGGAGGCUCAGUUAGCCUGCUGGGAUCAGCUACAAUCUGGGUCAGAAGAGGUGGGCUCCUGGGUCAAUACCAUGGUAACUAAGCUGGAGGACAGCCUCACCAACUUUGAUGAUGUUGUUGGUGUGGAAACCAGGCUGCAAAAGUUUAAGGAAGAGGCUCCUUACUUUAAGGAAGUCCUGGAAGAGAUUAAUGAAAAAGUAGAAGAUCUGAGAAGACUGAACAGAGACCAGGAGAUUCCUGCCCUCCUGCAGGAGCAAGCUGAAAUUCAGGAGCAGUUUGAUCGUGCAUCUGAUCUUGCAAACCAGCUGGAAUCAGUUUUGACCAGUUUUUCGGGGGAGCGUCACGACCUCCAGAAGGAGAUUGAGGAAGAAACAAAAUGGCUAAAUCAGGUGAAGGAUGCCUUGGCCAAACAAGACAAUGUCUCUGGAUCGGAUGAAGAUUUGAUGCAGAGACUAUAUGCAUGCAAGGAUAUCCGAGAUGACCUUGAAGCUCACAAGAAAAGGAUCGAAGCCUUGCAAACAAAGACGCGCCAACUAAACGAGAAAUAUCCCUGUACAGAGACCACUAACCUCGCCCGUGACGCAUCAGUUUUGUGUAAGAAAUUUGACGCGACCUUGAACAAGUCUGACAAAGUCGAGGAGAUGCUGGAGGAUACUUUGGAGCAGCAUUACUUGGACGCACAGCUGGACCAGGACCGCUGGAUACAGGCGGCUGCGGACAAGGUCAGCUGGUGUCAGGACAUUGGUGACCGCUACGGGGCAGAGGCCAAGCUGGCUACAAUAACGGAGCUAGAGGCCAGUUUUGAGAUUGGUGAGCAGAAGCGUGAGAUCGUGGCGGCCAAAGCAAACAUGUUGAUGUCUGUGUUGCCUCAGACCAAACAGAGCCAACUAGAGGGAAAACACAGUCAGGCUGAUUCAGAUUGGAAGACUCUCAUGCAGAACCUUGGAAUUACCAAAACAAAAUUGGAAAGUUCGCUGGACCAGUGGAAGGCGUACGAUGGCAAAUACGACAGGUUAUCAACAUGGAUGAAAGAUGCAGAAACAAGACUACGAACUCUUUCUAACCUAAGGCCUGAUCUAGUCAGCAAACAGGAACAGUUACAGAUGAUUCAGGCUUUGGAAGAGGACAUCCAGCAUCACAUGGCUGAUGUGGACGAAGUAAAGAGCAAUGCUGACACGAUUUCACAAUCCACUGGAGACGGUCGAACUGGCACAUACGCCACCCAGAUGGUCACACGCUUUCAAACAUUGCUAAACAGUGCCAAGGAACAAGUUGAGAAGCAUGAGCAGAACAUAGACGAGCACAAAACCUACAUCAUGAAGCACCAGGAGUGUACAGACUGGUUACACGAUGCUCAGGCUGCGUUAGAUCAGUGUGCUGAGGUUCCCGCCGACCAGGCAGCGCUGGACCGACAACUGGCUGUAGUCAAGGAACUGAUGUCCAGAAAGGAUGAAGGUUUAAGUCAGCUCAAUUCAGCUCUUGAGUCGGGAGACAGGCUGUACCCAUCCACUGCUAAUGAGGGCCGUGAGGUUAUCAGACAAGAUCUGCGAGCCCUUCGUGACAUGUGGGAAAACUUCAACGAUAAUCUCAACGACGCCCAGCGCAAACUGGAGAGCAGUCGUAUGCAGUGGUCAUCUUUUGAUGACAACUUCGAUGAACUGAGGAACUGGAUGGAGGAAAUGAGCUCUCAGGUGGAAAGUGAUGGAGAGCUGAAGAACACCUUACAGGAGAAGAAAGCCGCUCUUCAGAAAUGCAGGAUCCGCUGCCAGGACAUACAAUCACAUCAGAAAGCUGUGGAUAAGCUGUGUGACAAGGGGAGAGCACUCUCCUCGUCAAACAUUACCACCAAAGUGGACCAGAUAACUGCACAGUACAAGACCUUAAAUUCUGCAGCUCAGACACAUCUGAAGAAAUGUGAGGAAGUGGUCGAGCAGCAUCAAGUGUACGAGGACUCAUUACAGCGCUGCAGAGACUGGAUGACCUUACUCCAUGACAAAUUGGCCGUGUGUUCAGAGGUCACUGGAGACGUACACACGAUACACUCCAGGCGAGAUCGCGUGCAGGAUCUUAUUACCUCCUUGAAACAAGGUGAGGUUAAGCUGAAAGAGGCGACUUUAAACGGAGAACGGACAAUCCAGCAAACAGCUUCAGUUGGUCAAGAAGUGAUAGCUGGGGAGCUUUCACAGUUGUUGACUGACUGGGAUGAGUUGGCAGAUUCUCUGGGAGAGGCCCAGAAAAGCCUGACGCACACCCUGGAGGCUCAGGUGACAUACAACACAUCGUGUGAUUCCCUCAGUAAAUGGUUAAAGACACUAGAGGGGAAGGUUAAGGAGGUGGAACUCAAGUCCUCAUUACAAGAUAAACUGGCACAGGUGGAAAAACUCAAGGUUUGGGAGACAGAGCUGUGUGAAAAACAGGCUGAUGUGGAAGACUUGAUGGUGUCAGCCCGGCAGCUUCAGAUGUCUGACCCCCGGCUAGUCAAUACAGGAGCCCAUCUCCAGACUAGAUACCAGAAUCUCAACUCUAACAUCAAGGAUGUGAUUAAGAAGUGGGAGUCAUCAGCUGAGGAUCACCAGGCUUACCAGCAGGCUUACAGGAAGUCCUCUGACUGGAUAGACAUGCUCAAGAAGCGCCUGGAGGUGUGCUGUGAACUCAAGGGAGAUAAACAGGAUGUGGAGGACAGGCUGGCUAAACUACAGGAGCUGUCCAUGGAGAAAGAUGGGGGCAUGUCUCAUGUGAACCAGACCAUAGAGCUGGGGGAGAGGCUGUACCCUACCACAGCAUCUGAGGGCAGGGAUGCUAUUAGACAAGAACUCAGAACUCUGCGAGAUCAGUGGGAGGUUCUCGGGGAUGAAAUGUCAGAGAGUCAGAGGAAACUGGAGUCCUGUGUAACGCAGUGGUCAUCCUAUGCUGACCAAUCAGAACAGAUGCAGAAGUGGCUCUUGGAAGCUGAACUUCAGCUGAAUGAAGACUCUGACCUAAAGGCUACUCUACCUGAGAAAAAGGCUCAGUUACAAAACCAGAAGGUGUUACAUCAGGACAUAGUGUCUCGUCAACAUGCGGUGGACGCCCUAGCAGAAAAAGCCCAGAUGCUGACAAGCACAACACCCUCUGGUGGGAAGGUUGGAAAGUUUGCUGGUGAUCAGCAAGAGAAGUACAUUAAGCUAUGCACAGUCUCGAAACUAGCAGUGGACAGGUAUGAAGUAGCGGUGCGUGAUCACCAGCAGUAUCAGGACAGCUACCAGGAGGCUCUGGAUUGGCUAAAUCUGAUGCGGGAUAAAGUCGCGGCCUGCUCAGAGACGUCUGGUGACAAACUCUCCGUGCAGAAUAAACUAGAGAGGUUAAAGGAGUUUUCACUUCAAAGUCAUGAGGGAGAAGCAAAGGUUUCCUUGGUAGAGGAACUAGCCAAUAAGAUUCUGGCUGAUACCUCCCUCCCUGGUCAAGAUGUCAUCCAACGAGAGGUCAGUCAGCUGCAGUCUGAAUGGCAGGAUUAUUUGAACGACCUUGACAGAGCCCAAGAUCAGCUGGAGGAGACCAGAAACAAGUGGGGAGACUUCAACUCAAGAUUUGAUUCUCUGACCUCCUGGAUCAAGGAUGUGGAAUGUCAAGUCAAGGGUCAUGAACUCAAGGCCACCCUUCCAGAAAAGGAAGCACAGGUGGAGAAAUUCAAGUCUCUAAGAGAGCAGGUAGUAUCUCGUCAAGGUGAGAUUGACAGGUUUACUGAUGAUGCUCAAGCCUUGGUUCAGUCUAGCUCUGACAUCAGGCUUAAUUCCCAGGUGUCACAGCUCAAUAACCGCUACCAGGCAUUGCUGGCGCUGCUCAAGGAAUUGGUUACAAAAUGGGAGAAGUAUGUGACAGAUCACAGAACAUAUGAGACAUGUCACUCAGAAUUCACUCGUUGGUUGGCUGAGAGAGAGCAGCAGGGGGCGGAGCUUAGCCAACCCGUGUCUGACCAUGAUACAGCCAUCAGCAGAAGACAGAAAAUACAGUCAUUAUUUGCUGAAAAGGACCAAGGUGUAAGAAUGUUGAAUGAGACUGUUGAGAGUGGAGAGAAAUUGUUCCCGGAUACUGCUGUGGUUGGACGAGAGAAGGUCCGGCAGGAGCUGAGAAAUGCCAACGAUCACUGGGACCAGCUCUUUAGCAAUCUGAGCCAUUGUGAGCGUAGAGUAGAGACUUUCCUACAUCAGUGGUCCUCUUAUUCAGAGGGUCAGGGACAGCUGAUGAAGUGGAUGACUAGUGUGGAGUCCAGUUUGGAAGCAGAGGUGGAGCUUAAGAAUACGCUACAAGAGAAAAGGACACAGCUUAAUCAUUACAAGUCCCAGCUGCAGGAUAUACUCUCUCACCAGCGAUUGGUCGAUUCUGUGGUUGAGAAGGCUCAGGGAGUCCUCACUCCAGGCUCUAACUCAGAAGUGGCAGUGGCCAUAACUGAUUUGACGGCCAGAUACGAGAAAAUAACCUCUACCACAAAGUCAAUUAUCCAGGCUUGUGAUCUGAGAGUACAGGACCAUCAGAGUUAUCGUGACAACUACCAGAUGGCUCAGGAGUGGCUGUCCACCAUGAAGGAUAGACUGAGCGUGUGUGAUGAUCCUUCAGGGGAUAAGCAUACCAUAAAGAACAAACUAGACAGACUUCAGGAUUUGGUUGCAAAUCUUCCCGACGGUGAUUCGAAAAUCAAGACCUGCAAGGCCAGUGCUGAGCAAACUCUCCAAUCCACAGCUCCUCGAGGAUGUCAGACAAUUCAGCAGGAAAUGGACGGACUGGAGUAUGAUUGGUCAGAAGUCACAUCCAGGAUGUCGGCAGUAAAAGGGCGCCUGGAGCAGUCUUUGCAUCACUGGAUGACCUAUGAAGAGCAAUAUGAAAACUUGUUACACUGGCUGAAGGACCAGGAAAAGCAGGUGAAGGAUUUCCCACUGGUGUCCACUCUACACAUGAAACAGGAACAGUUCAAGAAGUACAAGACAAUAAUAGAAACAAUUCAAGGUCGUCAGAAGGACGUUGAUGCUGUGAGUGAUGAAGCUCAAACGUUACAGCAGCUAACUGGGGAGAGUCGUGUUGGAGGUCAUGUAACACAGCUGGCUUCACGCUACCAGUCUCUUCUCAGUACUAGCAAGGACAUCUUGAAGAAAUGUGAACAGAAUGUGGCAGAUCAUGAAGAUUAUGACAAGAAACAGUCUGAUUGCUCGGAUUGGCUGAAUCAUGCUCGGGAACACUUUGAGCAGACCACAGAGAAAGGAGGUGCGAAGACGGACAUUGAGAAAAGAAUGGAGAAAGUUCAGGAACUUCUUCGAAAGAGGGAUUUAGGCUUCUCUAAACUAAACCAGACAACAGAAGCUGGGGAGAAGUUGUACUCCAGCACGGCCUCUGAUGGCAGAGAUGUGAUCAGGCAGGAGUUAAGGUCCCUGAAACAAAACUGGGAUGUGUUAUUUGAUGACGUGACUGAGGCUUAUCGCAAGCAGGAAGUGGCUCUUGUUGAGUGGACAUCAUUUGAUGACAGUCACCAACAGGUGGAGCAGUGGCUGAGGGAGGUGGAGCUACGAUUGAAUUGUCCCCUCCCCCACAAGUCUACCCUGGAAGAGAAGCGAUCACAGGCUCAGCAGUAUAAGGCCCUGCUGCAGGAUGUGAUUUCAUACCAGCGCAUCAUUGACAGUAUAACCGACAAAGCUCAGUCAUUGGCUCAAACUAGCAAUGACCCCAAUCUGACUAGGUUCAUCUCCACAACAACAACCAGAUAUCAGAAACUACUCGCAGCUGCAAAGGAGCACGUACAGACAUGUGAAUGCAUUGUGUCAGACCACCAGCAAUACAGUGAUGUGUAUAAUGAGACUGUGGAAUGGCUGAACAACGUCCGAGAGAAACUCACCAUGUGCUCGGAUGUGUCAGGUGACCGGCACGCUGUGCAGGGGCGGCUGGACAAAAUACAGGAUCUUUCAUCAGCCAAAUCAGAGGGAGAACCAAAGAUUGAGAAGGUGUUACAGCUGGCAGAGAAAGUCUUGCCUAACACGGCAGCACCAGGGAAAGAGGUCGUCGUCAAGGAGACGGAUGCCCUUAGAGCAGACUGGGAUGCCUUUGGUGCUGCUCUCACAAAGACACAGGCUGACUUGGAGAUGUGUAUGUCUGAGUGGUCCAAGUUUGACCAAUACCACCAGAACUGUGGCCAGUGGCUGAAGGAGCUAGAGCUGAAACUGAAAGACGUAGAACUGAAAGCCUCGGUACAGGAGAAACGUGCUCAGCUACAUCAAAUACAGGCUGUAUGUCAGGCAGUUGAGUCCCAUCAGUCAGACAUUGAUAAGCUGGGAGAGGUUGGUCAGAACUUAGCGAGGUCCAGCUCUGACAACAGGGUGAUCAGCCAAGCCUCACAACUGACCACAAGAUAUCAGACACUGUCCGUCAACGUCAAGGAAAUGGAGCGUCGUUGGUUGCAGUAUGUCACAGACCAUGAAGAUUACGAACAGUCAAAGGACCAUUGCUGCUCGUGGCUAGAAGACCUCAAAACAAGACUGAGCCAAAUCAGCGUAACCAAUGGCGACCAGGAGGCCAUCUUGAAUCGGAAAGAACAGGUACAAGAAUUAGCAGUGGAAAAAGACCAAGGACUGAAUAAGUUACAGGUUGCCCUUGACAACAUGCAGAUCAUUCUGCCCAACACGUCAGUAGCUGGGCGUGACGCUGUGCGACGUGAAAUGCAGUGUCUGCACCAAGACUAUGACGCAGUCUCGUUGGAGCUAACAAAAGUUCGGGGAAAACUGGAAGGCUGUUUGUCCCAGUACACAGUGUACACGGACGGCUGUGGACAACUUCAGCGGUGGAUACGUGAUCUGGAGGACCAGCUAGAGAGUGAGGUGGAGCUACAGUCAACGCUAGAAGAGAAAAAACUACAGCUGGAUAGAAUCAAGGUAUUACAGUUGAAUGUGACCUCCCAGAAGAGCUCAGUAGACAGCCUGAAUGACAAGGCAGAGUCCCUAAGGGAAAGCACAGAUAACACCACCCUGAUAGAGGAGACGAACCAGAUCAGUCAGAAUUACAAUACACUCGUUAAGAAAGUCGAGGAUCUGCACCAGGAACGAACCACCCAUGUGGAGCAUCAUCAGCACUAUCGUGAUGCCUUCCUGGAGGCUUCUGACUGGCUAACAGAGUCCAUGGAAAGACUGGGCAUGUGCACAGAUGUCCGUGGUAACAGCGAUACAAUAGAAGAUCAUCUGGUGAAAGCAAAAGAUCUGGCAGAGUCUGUUGAAAGUGGAAGAUCUAAACUGAAAGCAGCAGUACGCAGUGCUGACAUGAUUGUCGCCGAAACAUCAUUGCAAGGUCAAGGUCUAAUACAGGAAGAACUUUGCAUGAUGAGUAAUGACUUCCAGAACUUUGGGCAAGAAGUGGAAGAUUUGAGGACAUCUUUAGAGGGUUUGGUGAGCUCGUGGAGGGAGUAUGGGGAACUGUAUGAAGAUCUGAGUCAGUGGUUCAGGGACUGUGACUCACGGAUGAAGGAGCGUUCAGGUCCCCAGGCUACCCUGGAGGAUAAGACUGCACAGCUGGAGCAGCAGAAGGCUGAGCAUGAGGGUAUCCUGGCUCAGCAGGAUAGGUUUGACGAGCUGACAGAGCGUGCCCAGACCUUACUACAGUUUACUACUGACAGUCGUCUGACGUCCCAGUUAGCCCAGCUGAGUACCCGUUACACUGCCACCAUGGCUACCUCCAAGGACCUGAUGAAGCGUUAUGAGCAGCAUGUCCAGGACCAUGAGCAGUACAAAGAGGCAUACACCGAGGCCUGGAGCUGGUUACAAGCUACAGAGGAUAGACUGUCAGCUUGUAAAAACACCACAGGGGACAAGUAUCUGCUGCAGACUCAGCUGGAGAAGCUACAGGAGUUUGCUAUCCUGAAGGAUGAGGGUCAGCUGUUAAUUCACUCUGCAAACACCUGGUCAGAAAAAACCUUGACGAACACAUCGUCGUCAGGUAAGGAUCUGAUUUGGGAUGAGAUCCAGCAGCUUCAGCGUAGCUGGGAGGGGUUGAUGAGUGACAUGACAGGUACCAAGGUAACGCUGGAGGCGUGUCUGAUGAAGUGGUCAGACUAUGAUGGCAGUCUCUCUCAGAUACAGAAAUGGAUGAAGGAGAUGGAGCGUAAAGUUCGGGAGACAGACAGUCAGGCUGACCUGGGUGAGAAGAAGGCUUGUCUCUUCAGGCUCAAGGGUUUAUAUCAGGACAUCACAGCUUAUCAGCACAUGGUGGACUCUGUCACCUCUAAGGCACAGGAGUUGGCCCAGUCUGACAAAAAAGUGGGCAGUGACUUGUCUCAGAUAGCUGAACGCUACAACAGCCUGCAUGCUACAGCCAAGGUAUUGCUGGAGAAAGGAGAACAGAGUGUGCAUCAGCACCAGGAGUAUCAGGAUGCUUCUAACACCUUCCUUAGCUGGCUGAGGGGGGCGCGAGAAAAACUGGUCACCUGUUCCGAUACCUAUGGGGACAAAGCAGCCAUUAUCGGAAAAAUUGACAAAGCUAAGGGCCUGUCACAAAAUCUGAGCGAAGGGACAAAGAAGCUGAUGGAUUGUACUGUAGCAUGUGAGGGUACAUUACCUAACACAUCACCCCAGGGUCAGACCAAACUUAGGCAGGAGCUUCAGGAAAUGAACAAGGACUUUGAGGACUACAAAGAGGAACUGACUUCGGCCCAGUCUCAGCUAGAGGGCUGUCUCCUUAAGUGGAACGACUUUGAGGAUGGUUACCAGCAGUUCAGUGAUUGGCUCAAGGAAACAGAGGACUAUUUGAAAGCAGAGCUGGAGCUGAAGGCUACUGUGGAAGAGAAAAAAGAGCACCAUCUGAAGUACCAGCGUUUCCACGAUGAAGUUAAAGCUCGCCAAGGUGUCCUGGACACAGUGAAUGAGAAAGCUCAAGCUCUUUUGAAGAUGAAUGCCGAUGCCAAAUUGUCUCAUGCCAUCACUCAGUUGACAACAAAAUACCAGGCAGCUCUCUCCCUGUGUAAAGAUUCAGUGAAGAAAUUAGAGAGUUACCAUGGUGACCACAAGGCUUACAAGAUCAGCCUGGAAGAGUUCACAGAUUGGCUGGAAGAUGCCAAGGUCAAACUUAAGCAGACCAAUGACACAAGUGGAUCCAAAGAUGAUGUCAACAGUCGAUUAGAUCAAGUCAGGAAUAUCCAAGCAGUGUUAGAUCAAGGACAGAGUAAACUGCGAACACUGGUAGACAAUUCUGAGAAAACUCUCAUGAAUACCAAUCCUGAGGGUUGCCAGAUAAUACGUCAAGAAAUUGAUGCCAUGAAAGCCGAGUAUGACCAGCUCAAAACUCAGUCAUCAACUGCAAAGCGAGAACUGGAGGAAGCUUUGUCUCAUUGGGGUGACUUUGAUCGUGCAUACGACCAGCUCAAUGAUUGGAUAACAGACACAGAGGCCAAGGUCAGAGGGCAGCCAGAGUUAAAAGCAGACCUUCCUGAGAAGAGAUCAUCCCUGGAGAAGUACCGGGCGAUCCUUGGAGAUGUGGAAGCCCACAGAGACCUCCUGGACAGGCUAGAACAAAGGGCUGGUCUACUGAAGGAUCCUAGUGCUGUGGCUACCUUGUCAGAACUGCGAGAAAGGUACCAGUCUCUGCUGGCCGACUCUAAGGAGGGUGUAGAGAGGAUGGAGGAGCAGGUGACUUGUCAUGAGGACUACCGUAAAAUGUACAACGACUCUGUGUCGUGGUUGUCUGAGGCCAAGCGUAAGCUCCAGCGCCUCAACGACAGCUCCGGGGACUGUCAGUCUCUGGAGGGAAGGCUCAAGGCUAUACAGGAGUUUCAUGCAGACAUGAAUCAAGGGGAAGAACUUGUGAGUAAAACUGCUCAGCUUGCUGACACACUGCGUCUGAGUACAGCGCCCAGAGGCCAGGAUCUGAUUGGUCAGGAGAUUCAGACUCUCAAGGAUGAUUGGCACACAUUUAACGUUGCCCUGGGCGAAGUUGAGGGUAACCUUGAGACAGGUGUGUCAGACUGGAAGCAGUACGAGCAGGAGUACACUGACCUUCAGGCCUGGUUAGAGAGUGCAGAUCAGAAGGUCAAGAAUAUGUUGACCCCACAGGAUGGGCUGGCUCACAAACAACAGCUGAGAGAUGAUGGACAGACUUUGUACGAGGAGAUCAUAGAGAAGAAAGCUGCCCUGGACAGCGUCAGAGCUGAUGCCGAGAAUGUGUCCCAGCGGAGCAGUGACCCCCGUGUGUCUACCAGUGUCAUGCAGAUGUCCUCUAAAUACCAGGCUCUGGUCACUGCAGCCAAGAGCAUGGUCCACCGUCUGAAGGAGAACGCCGCAGAUCAUGAGGCGUACAAUGAAUCGUAUGACGAGUGUUUACAGUGGCUGGACAUGACCCACAACAGGUUGAAGGAGUGUGGGGAUUCCUCCACAGACUGGCACACUGUUACACACAAGAUGGAUGUCAUCAAGGCAAUCACCAGCAGCAUGGAUGAGGGUCUAGAAAAGGUGAACCAAUGCUGUGACCUUGCCGAGAAAAUUCUGCCCAACACCGGCGGGGCUGGCAAGAAAAUCAUCGAGCAGGAAAUCACGAAGUUGACUCAGGACUGGGAGCAUAUGAACAAAGAGAUCAACGACUGCUCAGGAAUGCUGGAAGGCGUCCAGUCCAAGUGGCACGAGUAUGAGAAGUAUUACGGCAGCUUUGUCAAAUGGAUGACUGAAGUGGAAGGUGUUCUGGCGACGGAGCCAGAGGCUAAGGCUCAGCUGGUUGAGAAGAAGACUCAGCUAGAUAAAUACAAGUUGAUCUUGACUGACAUAGAGCAGCAUGAACAGCUGCUGACUGAGCUUGGGGAGAGCGUGGCUAACCUGGAGAGUCAGGGGGAGAAUUCUGAAGUGGCAGAGUCCCUGGCCCAGCUACAGACACGAUAUGACACACUUGUUAACAAUGCUCAGGACACUGUGGAAGAGCUGGAGCACAGCUAUGAGGAGCACCUGGCCUACCAACAGGCUCAGCAGGACUGUGAGAAAUGGCUCUUACAGACCUCCUUUAGGCUUAUGUCCCACAACGCUCUGAACGUCAGCACGCUGGAACUGACCCAGAGGCAGAUUGACAAACACAGGGCCUUGCUAACCGAAAUUGAAAACUAUCGUGACACCAUUGAACAAGUGACUGACAAAGGUCGUGACCUCUUAGAGAGCAAUCCCAGAGUUCCAGAGCUGCGUCAGCAGGUCGAUUCUGAAAUAAAAAACCUUGAGGAGAGCUACAUGAACCUUCAGGCUACAGCUGUUCAGAUCAAGAAUCGCUUGUCAGACGUCCAGAAGAAAUGGCAGGAGUACCAGUCUCUUUUGGAGAGCACAGACCAGUACCUUUCUGAGGACCUUGCUGAUUGGCUGGAUACAGCUAACACUGAUGUACCAGAUGACCUGCAGGAGGCAACCAAACAGCUGGAAGCAACUAAGGCAAUGCACGAGAAACUAACGUCCAUGAAGCAGGAGUUGUCUAACGCAUCCCAGCGCUGUGAGAGCCUCAGUGGUACAGAGUCUGCAGAACAGGCGCCUACUGAUGAGGAGUCUGCCAUUGCUGCCCUGGCCAGUCAAGUGGAUGAGAAUAUGUUAGACUCCAUCAACCAGGUGGAGUUGAGAAUGGGUAAGCUGCGUGAUGUCAUCCACCAAUGGGAGGGCAUUGAGAGACAGCGAGGAGAGCUAAGGAACUGGCUACACUUCAAACAACAAGAGGUUCAGGAGCUGGAAGAAAAGGCCAACAAGCUUCACCCAGAGGCUGCAGGGCUGGAGAUAGCCAAACUCCAGACCUUGCGAGAAGAGAUCGUAGCCAAAGGACCAAGUGUUCAAGGUUUUGUGGAGCGUUACCGAACCCUGACACAACACAAGCCCUCACUGGCUGAUCCCGUGGUGAAGGCGCUGCAGGAUGAUUGGGAGGAGCUGGUUGGUCAGGUGGAUAAUCUGAUUGAGGAGAAGGAGAAGGCGCUGCGAUACGCACAGGAUUACGAGAACCGUCACAAUGACACCGAGGAAGACCUGGAUAGACUGGCCCAGGAAUUAGAGUGGAUUGACAGGAUGGAAGCCACCAUGGAUCAGAAGGGGCUACAGGCAGUGCCUCCUAGAAGGAGAAUUCUGAAGUCCCGAAGAACACAGACUCCUGGAGCUUCUGGUGGCGUAAGGUCUCAUCGCCCAGGCUCUGAUAAUGACAGCGAUGGCAACGACGAUGGCUCUGACCACUUCCGUGGAGCGAGGUCACUGCCACUGGGUAACCAUGGGCCAGCCCUUCCUCCACCACAAUGUCAUUUUAGACGCCCACACAGUAGCAGAUAUUUGUCCCCGUCCUAUGGCGAUCAUCGAUCACCAUCACCAUUUCACGGAGGACAUCGUGGCCCUCCUAGCCAUUCUGGACCUCCGAGUUUGAAAAAGGGGUCGGGAGCGUACGGCGAAGUGGAGUCGGAGACUGACGAAUCGGGCUAUGGUGACACAUGUACCCAGCAUGCUUCGAGCUUUGACACGGGCAUGGACUACAGUCAGGAAGAUUUGCUCUCUGCAGUGUCUGUGACCCCGCGCGGCGCUCAGUCCUACGCAGGCUAUGACUCUGACGGGACUGAGAGCUACAAGUCAGAUUACAAAGUACCUUUGGAUCCUGAAGACCAGCGAGAUGUGGCCUGCCAGACGCCGGGUUAUGCCCAGACACAGACUCCACCUACUUUCCUGAACUCUGGGAUUUCAAUGGAAGACCUACAGACCUCCUUCAGAACCAUGGAUGCUCUAAAAGGUCUGGUAAACACUGACGGCACCCGGGAAAUUCAAACCCAGACGGGCGACUCUGAUGCUGCCAGUUCUUCUGGCACUAAGAAAAAGAAGAAGAAGAGGAGGCUGAGAAGUGAAAUGCUGAAGGGAAUAUUAGCAGAGGUGAAGAGCAUCAAGGCAGAGAAAGGCUUGGAUUCAUCGCCUAGCGAGAUGGAGACUGAUGCUGCCUCGGUGUCCAGCUUUAGGUCAGGGCGACCACAGGAUGCAGUAGUAAACGGCUCAAGUCCUACUAAACCAAGACGUAGUCUGUUUGGUGGGGAGAGUCAGACUAAUGCUAGCCGUGGACAGAGUCCAUUCACCUCUCAGCCCUUUACAUACCCAUCUGAGACAAUAGCAACCAUACCCCCUGUGACUAACCACAUACCCCAGUCUGCCGCUUCUGUGGUCAUGUCCCCACCCCCUAUCCAGGAGCAGAUCUACCUCCCUCAGCAGCGGCCAACCUUAGGGGAAGGGGCGCCUCCAAAUCUCCUUAACACAUACCCUCAACCUACAAACAGAAGACGUCCAAUCGGAGCUGAUGAUGUCGAAGCAGUUCACAGGAGACUGGAUGCUCUUAGGAAUUACGAGUUGCCUCCUCGUUCCACCCAGCCCCUCCAGCCCCCAAUGAAUCAUAACCUCGCCCAGCAGGUGACACCUCAAGGUUUCACAGCCACCCAGAUGGGCUUGCCAAUGUGGACCCCAGUCAUCCCAGCGUACAUUGUCAAACCUCAUCCUGCUAAAAUCAAAAAACACAAAUCCUACCCUCGCUACCAUGUGCGAGAUUUCACAAGGUCAUAUGACGACAUUGACCUGCUUCUGUCCGACUCUGAUGGAGGUCAUAGAUCACGGCGUCGGGAUCGACGCAUGAGUCGUGUCAUCGACAGCUAUCACCUUGAUGAUGCUCUUUUCGAAGCAGCAGUCGCAUCCCGGCAACUCAAGAAGUUGUCUCAAAAAAUGAAAAAUUCUCUCAGGGAUGAAAUCCUCAAGGGACACCUGUAUGAAAAGUGUCAACAACAACAUUUCAUCACCAUGGGAUCCAGAUUGUCUGUACUAAACUGUACAUCUGGUCAGUCUAAGAAAACACCCAGGAGAUGGAAGAAAAGAAAAUUGAAAAAGAAACUAAAAGAGAAGGUUACUGAGAAGGAACAAGCUGUUGAGGAGUUAAGAACCAGUGCUGCUAAGCUCACCCCUACCCUGAGUCGGUUAGAACAAGAUGUGGUACAGAAUCAACUGAGAGAUGUGGAUAAGCACCUGUCUGACCUCCAGUCUCAGGCAGACAAGAAAACACGGGCUUACAAGGUGCUGGGUUCAAGUCUGGGUGAUGUGGAGGCCGAGGUGGAGACUUACUUGAGCUGGCUGAAGGAGAGAGAUGAGGAGCUGUCAGAAGAGGAGAAACUGAAGCACACUGUCAGCUAUGUGGAGAACAGAAUAGCGGAGAAUAAGAGACUAUGUCAGGACCUGGACAGCAGACAAGCUGUACUGGUCUCUGUAGUGAAGAAAAUGGAGGCUUUGACAUCUGACUUGUCAAAACCAGAAAGAAGUCGCAUCGCUGAAAUGAUCAACAGAGUUCAAGAAGACCAUCAGCGGGUAUCCCAGAAGGCCGAGGGGAAAACAACUUGGCUUCAGGAGUGUUUGGAAGAUAGGGAGAUCUUCUUGGCAAAUCUGGAGAAAACUGUUCAUUGGCUGGUUGGGAAGGAGAAAGUACUGGAAAAGUUGAACGUGGCCAAAGUACAUUCAUCUGACAUUGAGAAACAAAGUGAAAAGGCCAAGGUCCUGAUGAAGGAGGUAGUUCAGCACGAGCCCGCACUGGCUGUACUAGAGGAGCAAUGUGACAAAGUACAGGACACCUUAGACCCAGAGAGCGAUGAGGAGAUUAUCAAGAACAGACAAGACAUCAACAUCCGUUACAACGAAUUGAAGUCCUGCCUGGAAUCCUUGUCUCAGAAGCUGAAGGAGUCUGCAGCCAGUCGCAAAGAGUUGGAAGCUGACAUAAUGAAGGUGGAGCUGUGGUGUCGUGAAGCUGAAGUGAAGUGCUCAAGGGAACUGAAGCUGGACUGUAGUCUGGAGGCUCUGGAUGACCAGAGAAUCAGCUACCUGACUGAGUUGUGUCAGACAAUGAAGACUGAAGCAGAAAAUUAUAAAACCCUGAUAACAUCAAUUUUCGAAAGAGCUGAUGUAUUUAUCCCCAGCCUGGAGAGCUCGGAUAGUGUCUCCUUCCAACAACAGCUGAAAGCCUUGAGAGAUAGACAUUUCCUAAUAAUGACCACCAUCACAGAGCGUUGGGAGCUUUUAGAAAACUCUGUUUCGACUCGCUCUGAAACACAGAGACGAAUUACUCAGACAGAGACCUGGCUAACCUCUGCACAAGAGGACAUAAAACGUCUGAGUCAGCCAGUUGGUUACUCUGUGGAAGAUGCACAGGCUGCGCUGAAGCAGUAUGAGACCUUGAAGGAAAAACUUGUCAACUACCGUCCAUCCAUUGCCGACUUGAACCAGUCCGUGGAAACUCUCCGCUCCUCAGGUCAUGUGACCGAUGCAGAGGACAUUCUGCGGAUUACGACUCAGCAUGAGUGGUUGAUGGACCAGGCAGCGCAACACGCAGAGCGGUGUCGCCAGGCGGUUACUCUGAGGCAUCAAUUUGCUGACCAGUCUGACCAGAUAAAGGUUAUCCUGGCAGAGUGCGAUGACCAGCUGAGAACAGUCAAGCAAUCUAGUGACCCGGUCAACACUAAACUGAGCACUCUGAAGGUCAUCCUGACCAAGUUGCAGACUGCUGAGCCCUUGGUGGCAGUUCUACAGGACAGAGUCCAGCAGAUCAGCAUGGAAGGCUCCAAGGACAACAGCCAAGAGCUAACCUCCCACAUUGUCACUCUGCAGACCCGGCUGGUGGAACUCAGGACUGGUGUUCAUGAAGAGACCCUGGCCUGUGAGAGAGUCCAGCAUGACCAAGAGGACUUUGAGGCAGAUCUGGAGAGAACCAUACAGUGGAUGGAUGAAAAGUGCCAGGCGCUGACAGUAAACCCGCCAUUAGACCUGGACGCAGAUAAAGUGGACAUGGCGCUGAAGAGACAUAGGGCUGUGACUGAUGAGAUUCUGAGAACCCUGAAAGAUGUGAAAGUCAGGGUUGAAACAGAAAAGUCAAGGUUUGAACAUGGUGGAGAACCUCUGCCAGAAAAUCUUCAGCAAAAGUUACAGGAGCUGAAUACUUUGGAACAGAAAAUUCUGGAGGCUUUAGAGAGUCGAGAGAUAUACCUAACUGAAGCCAAGUCUGACAGGCUGCAGUUUGAUUCAUCCCUCAGACAAGUCACUGAUUGGCUCCAUGGUGCUGAAGACCUGCUGGACGCAAACCAGGAAGGACUGGAUUAUGACACCAUUUACCACCAGCUGGAAGAACAUAAGGAAUACUUCAUGGAAGGUAGCUUGUGUCAGGAUGAGAUGGAACAGAUCCUAGAACUGUCAGAGAAACUGCUGCCCACCCUGGACCAGACUGACCAGGCCACUCUCCAGCAGUCCCUCACCAACAUCAACCAGAAGGUCAACUUUGUCAUCGGAGCCGCCCAGAAGAGGCAGGACCUGCUGGAGAGGAAGAUGACAGAGUGGCGAGACUAUGAUCUUGCGAGCCAGCACGCAAUUGAGACGUUAAACCAGUUAGAGGAACAGUGGAGUAGCCUCAGUACAGGGAUUGUGCGUGGACCAGAUGACACAAACCAGCAGCUCAGACACUCACAGGAAUUCCGUGAUGUCUUGGAACAACAGCGCCAUGCCAUUGAUGAAUUGAACUCCAAGACCCGAGACUUGGGUCAGUUUGCCAGUGUGGAGAGUCGCGAGGCCAUUAGUCAAGUGGUGAACGGUGUUAACGAAAGAUGGAACCUUCUAGUCUCACAGGUGGAAAACAAACAAGGAUCAUUACAGGAUCUGGACAAGGAGUAUGAGUCCUACAAAGACAUUGUAGUUUCUCUACAACGUCACCUUAGUGAAGUCAACCUUGAUGCGCCCACCACAGAGGUCAAGGGCAUGACCUCUGAGGAGCUUACUAAAACACAACAGGAUGUCAAGGCUCAGAGUGACAAGCUGCUUGUGAUCCAGCCUCAGUUAGCCACCUUAAAGAAACAGGCCCAGGCAUUGCAGCGAAAACUACCCGGGGCAGAGGCCAAAGUCCAUGUUCAAGAGCGCAUGAUACAGCUGAUAGAGCAGUUUGACAGGGUGAAUGAAAAUGUGAAGGAGUGUGAGCAGACGAUUCAGGAAGAGAUGGAUGAUCGUGAAACCUUCCAGACAGAGAUCCAGCAGACUAUCAGCUGGCUCAAGGACACACAACAACAACUGUCAAACCUGCGACCUGGUAAAGACCCUGCUCAGAGCCAGGAGAGGCUGGAGAAGCAAAAGCUCAUGGAACAAGAAGUGAGCAUCAGAAUGGAGCAGAUGAAGAGAUUGUUGUCUGUCCAGACCACUAAAUAUACCUCCGAAAAUCGAGAGCUACCUGUGGAGCUGAGACAUGAAGUGGUUGCCAUGCAAUCGCUGCAGGCUGAUCUGAGCGUGGCCAUGAAGGAGAAGGAGGAGGAGCUACUACGUCUGCGAGAGGAUCGUGAGGAGUACCAGACUCUCCUAAAUCUCGUUAACACCUGGCUAGAGGAAGCAACCAUUCAGCUCAAACAGCCAGUCAAAGACCUGCCACAAGCUGCAGCAGAACAUAAGCAACUUGUAAGUGAGUUUGAGCCUUUCAAGGAGAAACUGACAGCCUUAAAAGAAGUUGGCAGAGAAAUAAGUUUGCACACUUCUAAUCCUUCUGAGAAAGAUUCCACUCAAAAGUCGUUCUCCAAAGUUUCCAAGAAAUGGUUCAACCUUCAAAAGAAAGCGAAAGAGAGGGAUGAGAAUCUGCAGCGUGCAUGCGAGGUCAAGGGUCUGAUUGAUGAUAAGGUCACUGAGGUCAGUUCCUGGGUGCAGAGGUCAGAAGAGAUACUGAACAAACCACUAGCUGCAAGCAGCUUUGAGGAUGUCAAGCAGAAGUUACAUGAGCAUAAGGCUUUGUCCAAGGAUGCAGAACGGUACCUGGUUAGACUCCAUGAUUUACAGAGCUCAGUGAAAGACUUAGGCAAACUGUGCGAUGCGACUCCAGUGAAAGCCAACAUGGAUGACCUGUCAAACCGCAUCAAGUUUAUCCAGGCGCAGCUUGGUGACAGGCUGCACCUGCUGGAGCAGGCAAACACUGAAGUGUUGGAGUACGAGAGAGACACAGCUGAGCUUUACCAUUGGAUAGAUCAGACGCGGGCACACCUGAUGGUUAGAGAUGCAGGAGAGCCACUUAGGCUUCAAUUGGAAAAACAAGAGUUGCUGUUAGAAGAUAUUCAAGGUCAAAAGGUCAGAGCCACAACCAUUCUUGAACAUCCCCCUCAAACACUUGGACUAAAGAAAGUCAACCCAGUGGAUGCUGCUCGACUACUUCGGCAAAUUGACCAUCUUUCCCAGCAUGCCACAGACCAGCUGGAGCAGCUUCGCGAUGCAGUUCAGCUGGAAGAGGAGUACGAGCAAGAAAUCCACAAUCUUACCGUAGCCAUUGAGGAUGCUCAAAGACAGCUGCGAGACACACCAGUAACUGCCACCAAUGUUGGGGCAUUGAGGCAACAGAUGACGGAACACACUGAAUUAGCUGAAAAGAUUCGGAUUUACCAAGCUCGGCUUCGUGAAUUAAACCAAAAGCACAGGGAACUCUCACGUAGAGUGUUUCCACUUAGUCACGGAGUACGUAGGGCAAGUCUGUCCAGUUUAGACGCGGGUGUGUGCUUCCCAAGUACAACAACAUCACAGGGCUCUUCUCUGCGAAGUCUCAUCCAGUCAGGGCUUGACUCAUCUGGACGACAAGACAGUGGAUUUCCACAGUCAUUGAACAGUUCUUUCGCAACGCCCCAGUUUACUUUGUCGAUUUCAGACAGUUUCUGGUCAACAGGGAAGAGAGACUUGUCAACAAGUGGCCUGGGCUUGACCACAUCCACAGGGAAUUUGACAUUCCAUUCUGACCGAUCAGAAACGUCACAACUGGACAGCUCUAACCGUUCACCAAGACAUUGGCAUUCUGCUUCACGAAGAGGAUCUUCUCCAGAAGCAAAAUUUAGGGGGAGCAGAACUGACGGCAAACUUUUCCAGGAAAUUUCUCCCAGAUCUGCAACUUGGAAAGUCUCUCCAAGAAGUGCCUCUCUAGAUAGACAAGAGCCGUUUAUUGCAACAAGUUUACGUGCAGAUAAUCAUCAACGUUACACACCUUCUCACAGGAAUUCGCUUUCUCCGAGUCUUGAAAAUGUUCUUCUGCCCAAGACUGCCAACCAGCUCUCUCCAAGGAGAGAACGCUCGUCUACUGUAUCCAAUGUACAACAACUAAAUCCAGAAAUAUCUUCGAGCCUGAUCUCAGCCAGUGAACCAAACCUGUCUUCUGUCUCUGGAGGUGUGAAAGGUGCCUCUACAGAUGGAAGACACCUGUCACAACGAGACCUCAGUCAGGACACCAGACUCAGUGAUCUAAAUCUAUCUUGGAACACUCUACAACAGCAGCUGAGUGCUAAAGAAAAAGAACUUCAACUGGCUCUCCAGAAGCAGGAGAAAUACCAAGAAUCUGUCCAAUCAGUGACAGACAAACUGGAUGACGUCCAGUCAAAACUCUCUGCCCCCUUGCCCAACAACAUAGAAGAUCUGCAGGUGCAAAUGGAGGACUACAAGGGGAUGUUAAUAGAACUGCAGACAGUGCGUGAAGACAUUGCCCGUGUACGGGAGAGAGGCCGUCAGAUCAUGGAAGUGUCAGACCCCGAGGGGUACCGCGCUAUGAAGACCACCCUCAUCAUGCUCAGUGACAGAGUUAAGGGCCUUGAGACAGCCACAGAGAACAGGGGUAAACAGCUCCAUAGUGCCUUGAGAGACAGAGAGAAGCAUGAGAUAGCUUUAGAAGCCUACAGGAAAAGAGUUAAUGAUCUACAAGGCUGGCUGGGCCAAACCAAACAGGAACAGAGGGGUAUUGGGUUACCUAGUGAAACAGCUAACACUCUAAAAUACCAGUUGGAAGAGAAUGAGACUCUGCAGAAGGAGGUGACAGCACGAUUCCAGCAGCUGUCGGACCUGGCUGUGCAGUGCGACAGUCUGGCUGAGAUGGAACCUGCCGUCAGCGCAGACAGGUUGCGACGAGAACUCGCAGACAUUCAGUCAGAACUCGGCGAACUCAAACUCGAAACCUUAGAUAACCACGGGAAGCUGAAAACUGCCAUAAAGGAGACUGAGAGGAGAGAGCGGGAGAUGGGUGAAUAUGAAGGAAGUGUGAAGAAACUUCAGGACUGGAUCUCAGAUACUCGUAAACUGACCUCCGCACCGUUGUCUGCGACGGUCACCGCUCAGAUGACUGCAGACCAGGAACAGUUGCACCAGUUGGAAACCAACUUGGUAGAACACAGAAAACUGUUGAAGUCCCUGUCUCAAAGUGAACUGAAGGUGAAAGGUUACAGAGGUGAGAGUGAGGCUCUAGAGGGUGAAACCCCGUCUGUGACAGCCGCCGAGUUACAACUAAGAUGGCAGACAUUGUCUAGAGACCUGGAAGAGAAGAAGAUGUUGUCUCUAGAUACUGUCCAGCAGGGGUCACCUCAGCUGUCUCGACCUUCUGUCGUUGACACCAGGUCAUUUUUGUGGACAAGUGCAACUGAUCCCACAGUUAGUCAACUGGCUGACAUACACAGAGUGUUGCGUGAUCUCAACAACUGCUGGCAACACAUGCAGACUGAGGUUAAGGACAAACAGCUUCGAUUGGAUGAGGCACUAGAGUUCCAGCAACGCUUCCAGGAUGCCCUACUGUCUGCUUCAACCUGGCUGGACUCCGUGGAACUGAAACUGUCAUCCCCACAGCAUGGGAAAUCAACUGAGGAGGAACUGAAGGACACAGAGAAUGUGUUGUCAGAAAUCAAAGCUCUACAACAGGAGAUCCUGACUGUGAACAGGGUAUCACAGCAGCUGUUGCUGGAGGGCUCUGGGAACAAGGUGCUGAUUACCCAAUCACUGACAGACCUCAAUGAGAGGGUCAGAUUGUUAGAGACGAGAGCCUAUAGACGAGAGGCCGAAAUUUCACGAACAGAGACACGCUGGAGCGAACUUCGGUCUGACGUUCAGGCAUUUAGGAAGAACUUGAAGGAUGCCACGUCAGAGUUUGAUGAGCUCAUUCUUCAGCCUUCAUUGAAGAUAGAUUCGCCAGGAACAAGAAAGAGACUAGAAGAUCAAAUUGUUCGGUAUGAGGUGGAGUUAUCCCGUUUAGAAGAUGUGGGGUCGAGACUGGCCAGGCUGAACCCACGAAUGUCCGUAAGCACAGAAUUGACCAUUUUCCGGCACAGUAUUGCUGAACUGAGGAGACGGGUACAUGAGAACCGUGAAGACUUGUGUCAGUUCGUGGCAGUCCAGGAGCAGUAUGGGAAAAUACUGACAGACUAUCAAAGUUUCCUGGAAACAGCUCAGGAAAAACUCCGUCCUGACAUCAUCUCUGCCAGAAACCUGGAACAUCUGGACCAACAGCUGACAGCUCACAAGGAAUUCUUUGGUGACUUGGAGGAACACAGAUCUAUGGUGGAUCGUCUGGCUUUACAGUGUGGUCCGGACACCAAGGAGAAAUACAUGGUACAACAACAACACCUCAGCAGCCUGACUCAGGUUGUUCAGGACAAGGCCGGGUUACACAGUCAGCGACUGGGACGGAUUUCCCAGCUCUGGACCGAUCUGGAUAUCAAAAUACGGCAUAUGGUAGAUUUUAUGACUGACGUGAAACAAAGAAUGCCUUCGCCAGUCUCUGAGGAUGACACUCUGGAAAAUGUUCAAACCAAGCUGACCAACUACCAGACACUUCAGCAAACUCUGAACGAGGAGAAGCCAAUGGUGCACGAAAUUGUGGAGAAAGGGAAGCAAAUCUUGCACAGCGUAAACUGCCCUGAACUAGAGGUUAUGGUCACAGAACUGGCUGAUAGCUUUGUCGAAUUACAUUCCAGUGUUUCAUCUGAAUUGCACAGAACUGAAACUUUAGCUGAUCAAUGGCUGACCUUUGAGUUGGAAUCAGCCAUCUUGCAGUCCUGGUUCACAACAGCCAAUAGCCAGUUGUCUUCACUCAAGCAGUUGACUCAGAAAGACAUGGAGACCAUUGGUGGGAUUCGCACCAAAGUAGAUAAACUCCUGGAAUUCCGUAAAGAGGUGGACUCCCACCUGCCCCUGAAGAACAAGGUCGUGAGCAUAGGUCAACAGUUAAUGAGGAGUAAGAAGUCUGAGACAAGUAAGUUGGAGGAGACGCUGACUGGGUUUGAGGAGCAGUGGGGUCAGUUACUUCAUGACCUUGACACAGCUGAAGAUCACCUUCACCAGGCCCAGAUGAAGCUGAUGCCAUCACGACAGGCACUUAACGAGCUGCUCAUCUGGCUAGAGAAUGUGGAGAGGUCACUAAAAGAAGAUGAGGAUAUGGCAGUCAGGAGUCUGGCAGACAUGGAAGCAGUCCUGAAGAAAUACAAGAACAUCAAAAUCGACAUCAGUAGUAAACAGAUGACUGUAGACUUUGUCAAUGAGACGGUGUUGCAUCUGGGUCAGGAGCCGCUGGGACAGCCUGGCGAGAAGACAGAGUUCGCGGAGAAGUUAGGUCAGCUUAAUAAACGGUGGCAGGUAGUGAACAGUGACGUGACAGACAAGCUGAAAAACCUGGAGAGCCUAAGGGAGAAGUGGGAUGAGUAUGAGAAAGGGGUGAAAGAUCUGCACAACUGGCUGCUGUCACAAGAGGAGCGAAUCAAGAAAUUCCAACUCAUUGGCAACGAGAUACAUGUCCGACAGACUCUGAGGGACUGUAAGGCUCUUCAAGAUGCUUUGAAGAACAAAGAAGAUGAGAUAGAGCUGAUUCGUCGUCUGGUAAUGAGCCUGGUGGAUUUGAGCCUCACCUCACCAGGGAAAGCUCAUGGGACUACAGGAGCAGUCGAGAAACUUCACAAGCAGUGGUCUGCCCUUGACCAGAAAGUAGAUCAGCUGCAAAAUGUGCUCAAUGAUGUCCUGGGACAAUGGUCUGAGUACCACACAGAGUUGAACAACCUAAACCAUGUGAUAAAUGAGACGGAGUAUUCUCUGUCAAGACUGACUUCUGUCAGCCCAGAUGUCCAUACCCUGAAAGUGCAGGUGGAUAAACUCAAGAUGUUACAGACCCGGUUAGACUUCCAUCACCCCCAGGUGGAGCAGUUCUCCACUCUCUCCAAUCAGCUUAUGCAGGUGUGUGAUGCUCCAGUACGACAGGACCUCCAGAAAGCACUAGGGGACUUGAAACAAAGAUGGAACGACUUAGCUGUGGAACUAAGGAGUCGAAAUGAUCGCUUUGGCCAGUGUUUGGAACAGUGGCAGCUUUAUGACGAUGAAUAUAAGAGUGCCACUGAUUGGCUGGCUGAUAAGGAGAGACAGUACAACCAAUUAAAUGCUCUGAAAGAUAAUCCUAGUCAGAGGCAGCAGUGUUUGCAGCAAAGCAAGGUAUUGCAGGCAGACCUCGAAGGGUUCCAGUCUCAGCUUGACACCCUGGCCAGACUAGGCGAGGAGUUUACGGGUAACCUGGAUACCCCCGUGUCUGGACCAAUCACACUGCAGCAAGCCAAGCUGACACAACGUCUGGCCCGCCUACAACAAUCGCUUAACAAGUACUCACAGAGCGUUCACGAUGACAUGACAGAUCAAACGCGUUUCCAGGAAAACCUAAAUGCCGUCACAGAUUUCCUUCACCAUGCUGAAGAGGUUCUUCAGCAAAGAGAUCCAGACAAAUCCUCAGACAGUAAGCAGGUCAAACAACGUCUGCAACAACUGAAAAGGCUGUUUGGGGAGUUCAGCGACAACGAAUCAAAGAUGGAUUCUCUGAAUGACUUGGGAUACAGGAUGGCAUUGAGUGAGGCGUACUCAGAUAAACUGCUGCAACUUAAUCAUCAGUGGCAGAACCUGCAGACUGAUGCAGCAGACCGCUACCGGCGCAUGCAGGCGCUGUUGCUGUUGCAGCAGGACUUCGCUGAGAAAUGCAAGAACUGGCUCAUCUUCCUGCAGCAAGCCGAGUCUGAUCUCACUAAAGACAUAGCCGGCAAUUAUCCAGACCUGGUGGAGCAACAGAAAAAGAGUGAGGCAUUCCAAGCAGACAUCUUCAGCAGGCAGCAAAUCCUACAAGCCAUCAUCAGUGAUGGACAACGAAUGUUACGUCAGGGGGAAGUAACUGACCCAGAAGAGUUUCAGAUGAAGCUGGCUAUGCUCUCCAGCCAGUGGCAGAAUGUGGUCAAACAGGCCAACCAUCGUAAGACAGUCGUAGACAAGGCUGUUCUUCAGUGGCAGACGUACCAGGCUCUCCGUGAUCGUAUCAACACCUGGCUGAACUGCCGGGAGCAGGAUCUGAAGGCUUUUGAUGAGGAAAACAUCUCAUUGCAGAGGGUCAAGGAUCUACUGGAGAAAGCAAGGGCCAGCUUGAAGGAUAAUAGUCAGGAAGAUAAUUACAAGAAACUGAACGAGGUGUGUCAGGAAUUGCUGCAGCGUGCCGACCCAUCCGCUCAAGCUGAGAUACGAGAAACUCUGAACGGUCUCCAGCAGAGGUGGUACCAGACCCUGGGAAGGUUUGACGGGCAGAGAGAGCGGCUAGAGGACAUCAUCGCACAGUGGCAGCUCUGUGAGCAGGAGAUGGAAGACAUCUUGUCAUGGUUGGGUGAGCUGCGGAGAAUCCUGGGCAUGGAUCUGCCCGACUCAUAUGACGAACUUCAGAGAGAUCUUCAUCAAAGCAAGGACAUUGAACAGUCAUUUGAACGCGCCGAGGACAGACGACAGAUGUUGCUGACCAAGGAAAGACAACUCCAUUCGGUCAUUGAACCAGUUGAUCUCUCAGUUCUUCGUGAACGAAUUCGCUUGCUCAAUAAACAGUGGACUGAACUUCGCAACCAGGUGGCACUGCGCAGACACAGAAUCUUCGACAGACUUAAUGAAUGGUCAGGAUUUAAUGAGAAAUAUCGUGACCUGUGUGAUUGGAUUGACCAGAUGGAGGUCAAGGUGUCUUCAAGAACGGAAUACCAUGUGGAGGACUUACUGCUCAAGCUGCAAAAGGAUUACCGCUUUGAGAUGGACACCAAGGAAAGUGCUAAGGUGGAGUUAGUGGAACAGGGCCGUCAGUUGAUGAAGGCUAGCAGUGAGAUCAGGGCCACUGACAUCAACAACAAAGUGGGCAAACUGGAAGACAAGUGGCGACAUCUCAAGGCUGUCAUUGCAUACAGACAACACAAGCUUCAGGAGACCCUGUUAGCGGUACAACAAUUGGAGAUGAGUAUGAUGAACUUGAGGAAGUGGCUGGGUGACAUGGAACACGAGCUGACCUCGCCAUUAAUCUACCAUCAGUGUGACCUCCAGGAAAUACAACGCAAAUUACAACAACAACAGGAACUACAAAAGGACAUAGAGAAGCACAGCCCAGGUGUGGCAUCUGUGUUGAACCUGUGUGAGGUGCUUUUGCGUGAUUCAGACGCCUGUCCCACAGAGGUGGAGUAUGCCGCACUUCAGCAGGCCAGUAGAACGCUCGACCGACGCUGGCGCAACAUCUGCCAGCUGGCGGCAGACCAACGUUACAAAAUUGAUGAGACAUGGAGAAUGUGGCAGCAGUUUGAAUCCGAGAACACAAAAUUUACCAACUGGGUGAAAGACGUGAAACUUCAGUUGAGAGAACCCCGUUCUGAACAUGCUGACAUCAGCCUGAUUAAAGAGGAUGUCCGUCACUUUGAGAGUGUACAAAAGAAAGUUCAUGAAAACCUGAACCAGCUGGAGAACAUAAACAAACAGUAUCGUAAGAUGGCUCGAGAGGGACGCACAGACAACGCAGGGAAGAUGAAGGGUAUGAUGCAGGAUGCCAACGACCAAUGGGACGAGCUGUCACAAAGGGUCACGGACAUCAUGAGGCAUCUGAAACAGCCCUCAGGAAUGAAAGUGGACUUUGAGACCACCCGAACAUCAAUACUGCGCUGGUUGAAAGAAACUCAAAUAAAGCUGACUGAACUCGAACACAAUACUGAUAUUGAUAUCACAACGAGAAUUGCUGAAAUGAAGGUAAUUGAAUCUGAAAUUGAGACCAAUCGCAAAAGGAUUGACUAUAUCAACCAGACAGCUGUUUACCUUAUUGGGAUUAGUGAUCCUACUGAGGCCAGCAAAAUACAGGAUCUCUUGGAUCAGUUCCAUCGUUACCAUGGUGAUGUGCUGAAGAAAGUUCACAGCUAUCAACUUAAGCUGAAGAAGAUCUCAGAUGGACAAAUGGAGACAAUAGCUAAACCUAGUCCAUCACGUGAAACAAGACAAAGUACUGAAAGAGAAACAUUUACAACAACAAUUACACAACGUGAGAAACACAAGGCUUCUUGGCGAACAACAACAACUUUGGAAGAAGAUACAUUGAACUGGGAAAUGGAAGAGAGGGAGUUAUCUCCCCCUGACAGUCCGCCUGAGAAGCGCCGUGCUACAGCACGUGUGUCUCCCAGGCCUGGUUCACGACUACAUACAGUGGAUGUUACUGAUUCAGACACUUACCUGAGUCGCGAGGAAAGACGUCGUCGUCUGAAGGAGGAGAUUGAGAUUCGUGGCCGCCUCAGUCAGGUGGAUGCCAUCAUUGAGAAGCUUGUGGAGUCCCUGGAAGACGCAGCGGAGAAGUUACUUAUGACAGAGCGGGAGCUAAGGUGUGGAACGCCAACUGGACCGGAUACUGACUACGCUGCAGGGAACUAUGCUGAGCUGGUGUCUGAGUGUGAGGAGAGCAUCAGCGUGGUGCGCAGAUUUGAUCGUCAGCUGAAGAGAGAGGCUGGUGUAUCCUCCAUGCCCAGCGUUGAUGCCCAAGUCAAUAGUGUGAUUCAGAGGUGGGAGGCUCUACACCAGAAGGCCGUGGACAAGGAUCGACGCCUGGGUCAGAACCGUGAUGAUUGGGCUCAGUUCCAGAUCGACCUCAAUAUGAUGUUAACCUGGCUGGGCGAGGCAGAGGCCUUCCUAGAGAAUGAGUCUCUGGAAUCAGGGGAGAUGACUCUGCUGGAAUCAGUUGUCCGCAAACAUAAGGACUUUCUUCUCCAGCUUGACAGCAAGAAAGAAGUGGUCAUGUCCCUGAAUUUGGUUGGCAAGAACUUUGUCUACAACAAAUCAGACGAAAGCCGGCAUGUACGAGAGCGUCUGAGAAGCAUGAAUAAGCGUUGGGAGGCAGUGUGUUCGCAGGCGACGACGUUGCAUCGGGACCUGCAGCUGGGACUGGCUCACAGCGAGGAGUUCCACCAGAUGAUUCACGACCUGCUGCUCUGGCUAGAGACUGUGGAGAACAAGCUGCAGCAGAUAGAGCCGGUUUCCCUGGCAGCAGAUCACAUCGUGCUGAGAGCCAAGUACAGGCGACUUCUCGACCUGAAGGAGGAUAUGGAGGACCGUCAGCCUGAGGUCAUUGCUCUGAAGGAGACUGCUGACCAGCUACUCUUAACCAUUGACUCACCGGAUAUGGCUAUGGCUCGAGACAAAACUCGCAUCAUUGCCAACCGGCUACGCUCUCUGAUGAAGAGAUGCCUGACGUACAUACGUCAACUGGAGAAUACACUGGGACUGGCCACAAGGGCUUCAUCGGCCAAGUACGAUUACCUGGACUCGCAGGACUCUGGUCUGAGUCUGUCACGGAGGUCAUCACCACGAGCCAGUCCCUAUAGAACACGCCCACGAUCUGCACUGUCUAAGCUGCUGUUUGGAGCGAGAUCUGAGGAGCCGCAAUUGGACAGCGACACUACUCACCUAGAUGAUGGGGAAACAUGUCGCCGUCGUCCCGCUUUUCUUGCCCGGGUUCUUCGCACAGCUAUACCCUUACAGAUCCUGAUGUUGGCCUUGCUGGGCUUUGCCUGCCUGGUACCAGUCUGUGAGGAGGAGGAGUUUGGCUGUAUGUUCAUGAACAACAUGCAGAAGUCCUGGACCCCAAUGCUACGCUAUACAGAUGGACCCCCGCCUACGUAGACAUCAGGAACUGCACACAGAGGCUGAGCUUUAUAAACGUAUAGCAUAAAUCAUUGACUUACAAAGACUGCAGAUAAAAAUACAUUCCCAUGGUCAUUUUUAAAAAGAUUUGCACAAGCAGAAUUAUUAAAUCUUGGGUAUGUAAACUACUAACACUGUUCAGUGUUGACAUGGUGCAUGAGUCAAAAGUUUUAUGGUUCACAGCAGACAAGAAUGUCUUAAAAACUUGUCAUAUACUGUUUGGUGGAUACGAUGAAAAAACUGGGCAAGAAAAGGCACUCAUCAGAUGUCACACCAGGCAGUAUUUUUGUAUUUUUAUCAGAAAUUUUAUUGUAGUUGUUGUAGCAAAGAAUGUUUUAGUGUGUAUAUAGAUUGUUUCAUAUUUUUUUCUUCUUGAUAGACGACAUACCAGUACCUUUUAUCCAUCAAUUUAGAUGAAUUUAUUCUAAUAUUUAAAGCAUUGUUGUCAUUUUUUCCAUCACAUUUUGCACUUUAUAGAAGUAUUUCAUUUUAAAUAAUAUAGUAGUAUAGUGUAUAAAUCUUUUACUCCUGAAUGCUGUACAGGGGAGCUUCCAAGCUGUGGGGAUUUAUCCCUGUAUGAUUAACUAUAUGCCUAUAAACUGCUUAUGCCAUUACAUUUUGAACAUGUAUGAAUAACAUGCUCCUUUUUACUUUUCUAGUAACUCACCUAGCCCUGUAAUAUGCUGCAAAUAAGGUUGAAUGAGCAUGUUUUACAUUUUGACUUUGUGAGUAAAUUACAGUUUUAGUAAAGAGCCCCAUAGAUUUUUGUCAUUUCACUGUUCACUUUAUUUUAAAGUUAUUUUAUUCAGGGAAUGAUUGGUUGGAUUGAUAAAUAGAUUCAUAUGAUAUUUCAUUAGUAAUUUUCAAUGUUAUGUACAAAAUACAUUGUGUUUAAAGCUGAAUUGCCUUUAUCUUUGCCCUCUGGUCUGUUUUAUUGGUAGACAGUGUAUUAGGUUCUACCAAAAUGUUUGAUUGUGAGGUUAAUGUUUUUGCUUUCAAAUGGCUUAUGCUGUUAAAAUAUGAGAUUUCGAAAGUGCUUGUGUAUGAAAAGCUGUGAUAUUGAAUUUUGAUUGGACGUACAGUGCUGAAAAUGUUACCGUUGACCAAUGAAUAUGAAGAUACAGUACUAAGUAGAUUUUUGUACAACAGUGCCUUUCAAGCUUCUGCUGUAUAUAAUGCAGGCAUCUUUCAGAUCUGACUUCUUGUGCAGAAUAUGAAUCAUAAUAACUAAAUAAAUUGGCUUAUUUAUGUAUAUGCGAACAUAAUGUAGAGCCCAGGUGCGUAAUACCAAAACGAUAUUUUUAAAUGUUACACAGUUUUACAUUUUGUUGCUGUUAGUGGAUACACAAAAAUGGACUGUGUAUUACAUGUAUGUGUAUGUUAUGUGUACUUAUAACCUUGCCAGAGGUAUCAAUAAAAUGUAUAUCACAUUAAAA